AUGCCAGCCACGCACCCGGCGGCGACCCAACCGUGGAGUACUUCAAACAGCUCGUGCACUACGUGGUUUUCGUGGGCGCCUCGGCUGAUGUCGGAUCCCGGGGCUGAGAGACCGUCUGCUCCCAUGGCCGCAGCGAUGCUGCCUCUGCUGCAGAAGAGUUCGGCAGACGCGCGCCCUUUUAUGAAGACGCUGCUCGCGGACAGCACGUCGGAAGGCGGCCUGCACGUGCCUGCGCGCAGCUCCCUUCUCAGCGGUCGUCGGCGCCGCCGCUUCGGUCGCCCCGUGCCCCUGCCGCCAGGCUGGGCUGGGCGCCCACCCGGGGCAGCUGGCACCACGGGUCGCAGCGGGCGCGGCCCGCCGGACAAGGCGCCCUCGAUCACGGCCCUGAAGUUCGCCUCGACCAGCUUGCCGAAGGAGAGCGUGGCGGCCAGCGCCGUAUGGAGCUGGGCCAGCAGCUUCGACUCCUUCACGCACUGA